GGUUCACUAGAAUGUAUGGGCAAACGGGAGGAGGUUUACUAGAAUGUAUGGGCAAACGGGAGGAGCAGGGCCGGCGCCACCAGUAAGGCGAACUAGGCAGUCGCCAUUUAGCACGGGGCGCCCGCCCGUUGCGGCUUAAAAAACAAAACAAAAAACGUUGGUUACUUAUAAUAUAUAGGUUCGGCCGGCGGCGCCCCUCAUGCUGAGGCUGAACGCUUUGUCAGGGUCCAGCAGUCCCCAGGCAGGCACCAACUACCCCCCCAGCGACAUUGGUGAACUACUACCUACCGUGUGUUUGUCUCCAGGACCAGUCCCCAGAGCCAGACUGCAGCCAGAGACCAGCUCAUCUUAUUGUCCUGGUGAUAACCACAGGAUAACAGGCUUCCAUACACAUCUAAAUGUACCUCCUUAUAAAGUAGAAGAUAAUCAAUCAAAGCUUGUCAAUAAUAGAAUUGGACAUAGACUGGGGGAAAUGUCGGCAAGUUCUGAAUAUGAGAAACAUUUUAAAAAUAACUUUCACCUUUCUAUGGACAAGAAAAAUCACAAUGAAAAAAGAUCUUUUGCACAUUCAGAAUGUGGGAAAACUUCUACUAAGAAAGCAUGUCUAUUUGAACAUCAGAGAAUUCACACAGGAGAGAAUCUAUUUCCAUGUCCAGAAUGUGGGAAAUGUUUUAAGAGUAAAUAUUAUCUUGCAAAACAUGUGAAAACUCACACAGGAGAGAAGCUAAAUUGCUGUUCAGAAUGUGAAAAAACUUUUGCUAAAAAAUCUAAUCUUGUUGAACAUCUCAGAAGCCACACAGGAGAGAAGCCAUUUUCAUGUUCAGAAUGUGAGAAAACUUUUUCUAUGAAAUCAAAUUUUGUAGCACAUCUCAGAAUUCACACAGGAGAGAGGCCAUUUUCAUGUCCUGAAUGUGGGAAAUGUUUUAGUCGAAAAUCAACUCUUUCUAUACAUCAAAAAACACACACAGGGGAGAAGCCAUUUUCAUGUCCUGAAUGUGGGAUUGGUUUUUAUCAGAAAUUUAAUCUUGAUAGACAUAAGAGAAUUCACACAGGAGAGAGGCCAUUUUCAUGUCCUGAAUGUGGGAAAUGUUUUAGUCGAAAAUCAACUCUUUCUAUACAUCGAAAAUCCCACACAGGAGAGAGACCAUUUUCAUGUCCUGAAUGUGGGAUUGGUUUUUAUCAGAAAUUUAAUCUUGAUGUACAUCAGAGAAUUCACACAGGAGAAAAGCCAUUUUCAUGUUCAGAAUGUGAGAAGUGUUUUACUGAGAAAUCAACUCUUGUUGAACAUCAGAGAACUCACACAGGAGAGAAGCCAUAUUCAUGUACAGAAUGUAAGAAGUGUUUCAGUAAAAGAUCAACUCUUGCUGAACAUAAGAGAAUUCACACAGGAGAGAAGCCGUUUACAUGUCCUGAAUGUGGGAUUGGUUUUUAUCGGAAAUCACAUCUUGAUAUACAUCAGAGAAAUCACACAGGACAGAAGCCAUUUUCAUGUUCAGAAUGUGAGAAGUGUUUUAUUGAGAAAUCAUAUCUUGUUGAACAUCAGAAAAUUCACACAGGAGAGAAGCCACAUUCAUGUACAGUAUGUAAGAAGUGUUUCAGUAAAAGAUCAACUCUUGCUGUACAUCAGAGAACUCACACAGGAGAGAAGCCAUUUCCAUGUCCAGAAUGUGGAAAAUGUUUUGCAAGUAAAAAAAAUCUUGUGUAUCAUCUAACAAUUCAUACGAGGAAGAAUCAAUAAGUGUUUAAAGUCUAAGAAAAAAAUAGAUCGGUAUCAGAUGGCACAUAUAAGCUCUCAGUAAGGUGACAAUCUAUUGAAAAGUUCAGACUGUAAUAAAUGGGUCAGUGUAGAGGUUCAUUGUACGACCUUCUGCCUUAGGCUACUUUCACAGUGCAGAUUUUGCUUUCCGUUUGUGAGAUCUGUUUAGCGCUCUCACAAGCGGUCCAAAACGGAUCAGUUUUGCCCUAAUGCAUUCUGAACAGAAAAUGCAGUUUGCCUCAGUUCAGUCUUCAUUCAGUCUUGGAGACGGACACAAACUGAGCCAAAGGGAUCUGUCCUGACACACAAUGUAAGUCAAUGGGGAUGGAUCAGUUUUCUCUCCACAAUAGAAAACUGAUCCGUCCCCCAUUGACUUUCAAUGGUGUUCAACAUGGAUCCGUCUUGGCUAUGUUAAA